AUGGCUCCCCGCCAACGCGUCUGCACCGUUCAACUUUGCAAAUGGACUCGACCGCAGGAUUCGAGUCAAAUGCGACGAGGCGCGCAUCAGAAAGUGGCGCCGCCCAAAAGGCGAACAUUGGGGUGUUUGCUGGUGCAUCGCGCCCACCCACGCCCCAAAACGGUCUCAAAAAGCCUCUCUCAAUCCGUGCGGGUGCACGUCCCCAGCAGCCAAACGCCCUAUGCGGCAGGCACCUCCACACCGUGGGCCUCCGCGUCAGUGGACGCAAGCAGCCCAUGUGGCCACGCCAUCACCGUGCGAAACUCCGGAGACGCCCCGCAUCCUCCAACACUUCCCCCCCCCCCCCCCAAAACUCGUCCGCGUCAUUGGCAAAUCCAUCGGGCAGAAGAAGUGACUCCUGCAUCCGGCAGGCCUACAACCAUCAUCAUCGCCGUCAAUGCCGUGAUGUAA